AGCACAGCAGACUGCAGUGGGACAGGGCCGCUGAUAAAAGGAGGGUAGAACCCAGAGAGCUGGUUGCCUGGGCUGGAGUGUCACCAGGCCAGCACCAUGGCGAGGUCCGCGGCCUGGGCAGGUUUGAUGGUCCUGCUGGUGAUCCAAUGGGGCUCUGCUGCGAAGCUGGUCUGCUACUUCACCAGCUGGGCCCAGUACAGACAGGGGCCCGCUCGCUUCCUGCCCAAGGACGUGAAUCCCAGUCUGUGCACCCACCUCAUCUACGCCUUUGCCGGCAUGAACAAUCACCAGCUCAGCUCCAUUGAGUGGAAUGACGAGACGCUCUACAAGGAAUUCAAUGGCCUGAGGAAGAUGAAUCCCCAGCUGAAGACUCUGCUGGCCAUCGGGGGCUGGAACUUCGGCACUCAGAAGUUCACAGAUAUGGUGGCCACAGCCGAAAACCGUCAGACUUUCAUCAACUCGGCCAUCAAGUUUCUGCGCAAGUAUGACUUUGACGGCCUUGACCUGGACUGGGAGUACCCAGGGAGCCGGGGCAGCCCCCCUUCGGACAAGCAGCGCUUCACAGCCCUGGUGCAGGAGAUGACCAACGCCUUCCAGCAGGAAGCCCAGGCCUCGGGGAAGGAGCGCCUCCUUCUGAGCGCGGCCGUCCCGGCGGGGCGGGCCUACGUGGAUGCCGGCUACGAGGUGGACAGAAUUGCCCAGAACCUGGAUUUCAUCAGCCUUAUGGCCUACGACUUCCAUGGCUCCUGGGAGAGGACCACAGGACACAACAGCCCCCUCUACAGGAGGCAGGGAGAGAGCGGGGCAGCAGCUGAGCUCAACGUGGACUUUGCAGUGCAGCACUGGCUGCAGAAGGGGACCCCCGCCAACAAACUGAUCCUCGGCAUGCCCACCUACGGGCGCUCCUUCAGCCUGGCCUCCUCAUCAGACACUGGCGUGGGGGCCCCAGUCACGGGGCCUGGAACCCCUGGCCCCUUCACCAGGGAGGGCGGGCUGCUGGCUUACUAUGAGGUCUGCUCCUGGAAGGGGGCCACUGAGCACAGAAUCGAGGACCAGAAAGUGCCCUACGCUGUCCAGGGUGACCACUGGGUGGGUUUUGAUGACGUGGAGAGCUUCAAAACCAAGGUCAGCUACCUGAAGCAGAAGGGACUGGGCGGGGCCAUGGUCUGGGCGCUGGACAUGGACGACUUCUCUGGCUCCUUCUGUAACCAGGGCCAAUACCCGCUCAUCAAGACCCUGCAGCUGGAGCUGAGUGUUUAAACCGAAAACUGAUUCUAACCCAGUUCUGAGUCCAGAACCGAGGCGUGAAUGGGCGGAGAUGCGCCGGACAGCAUGCGCGCACGAUCCCCUGGACAGACGGAGUGGUCCAAGCUGUCCUCGCGGCCGUCCGUCGAGUCCAGGUCGUUCCAUUUGAAGAAAGUCUGCACAUAAGCUAACGGACCAGCGCGCCGCACCCUCGCCAAACCAAACAGGCUGGUUUGGGUUUGUGGUGGGACUUGGGCAGGCGCUGGGGAUGGGGACAGCUGGGGCCGGAGGAGUGAUCUGGCCCUUGGCAUCAGUGCAGCCAGCACCAGAUCCCCAUAACAAUGACUUCCACCCUCCCACACCCUGCCCAUCUUCAGGGCUUUUAAAUCUGCUCUUCUUCGAUCCAGAGCACAGGUCUGUCUGCCCAUGUCCCUUCCUCCGAGGUCACCACCAACAAGGCUCCCCAACUGCUCCGGGUGGAGUCUGGGGGAUGUUUCCUUGCAGGGGCGCCUGAGCCCCUCAAUGGCACAGAGCUGACUUCUGGUCCCACCACCUACUGGGCGUGUGACACCUGGUCUCCUCCUCUGUCAGAUGGCGUCACCCUCCCCGGGGUUGACCGUGAGCAGUGCAGGAAGUGGGGCGUGUUAGCUGUGCCCACCCUAGGGCAGCACUGGCUCCCCCUCCCUCUUCUCUUCUCAGUCCUUUCUGUGCUUCUGUAGGCCAGAUAAAUCAAGAAUUGAGCAAACAGUCUGCUUGUAGCCAAAUGAGCUCUCCUGUUGGUGUCUACACAGCCAGUCCCCCUGAGGACUAACUCUGGCAUCUGGGCCAGCUUUAUCCACAGCUUCACGCUCCUGCUUCCCUCCCGUCACGUGGUCCCCAACUCAGCUCAGGCCAACAGCACUCUCAGCAGUCUCCUCUCUGGUCCCUCGGCCUCCUACCCCUCUCUCGUCCAGUCCAACCCCCACACUGGACCAGCUUGGUCUUUCUAAAUUAGGGAUCUAAUCCUGUCACUUCCCGUGCAUAAGGACUGCCAACAGCUUCCCGAGCCCAGAGAACAAAGCCUAUUGUCAGCACAGCAUCGAGACCGAUUAUUAGGGCCCAGUCUCUUCUCCUGGUCUCAUUCCCUAUCAUCCCACCCCCAUCUGGUGACAGGGUACCCCAGCUGUCAGCAUUAACCUCAGCCACACCGGCUUCUCACAUGGGACCCCCAGACGUCCACCAUCACUCCUCUGAGGUUUGAGCCCCAGCCCCAAAGCAACUACUGCUUUUUAAACAGACUUUCUCCCUUUACCCACUGGACAGCCCCACCACCCCCAGGCACUUUAUUUACAAACAAGGUGGUGUACCCGCCUGUGGAGCCAGCCUUUGAGGCAGGUGCAGACGCUGCUUGAAUUGUUAGGUUUUGCUUGGCUUUGGGCAACACAGUUUGAAAGGACCUUUGGCUCAUUUGUACUGUGAUGGCAAAACCCAUGAAUGUCUGGCCACUGUCCCCAACAGCGGUGGCCGCUCUCAACCCCAUAAAGGAAAGUCUCCUCUGGCCCUCUCUCUGAGCAUGCUCAGACCAUUCAGCACCGUGUCUAAUACACCUGCUGGAACCCCGGGCAAAUCCCCCCCAGCUGGGACCCAGCUCUCCUGGUGGGCUCACAGGCCCCUUCCCCCACAUCACCUGCUUUCAUCUGUGCCACACCCUACCCUGAAACUCUACUGUUUUUAUUUUGUUUCAACUAUGAAAUAUACCACAUAGGCAAAAGAGUGUUUGGAGUAUGUAUGUUUGGCAUCUCCUUUGAAUCCAUCAUCCAGGUCAGGAAACAGAGCAUGACCAGCAGCUUAGAAACUAUUCAUGUGGCCCUCCCCAAUGCCACUCUUCUCUGGCUAGAUUUUGGUUAUUUAUUCCAUCGUUUUUCUUACAGUUUUACCAACCAUGACAUUCCCAAACAAGAUAUUGUUUGGUCUAGCCUGUUUUUGAACCUUAUAUAAAUUGAGACAUACUGUGUGGUAUCUUCUGUGGCUGACUUCUGAUGUGUCACAUAGCUGUAACUCGCUCAUUUUCACUGCUGUAUAGUAUUCCAUCAUAUGACUGUACCACAGUUUAUACCUUCUGUUAUCAGUAUGCAUUUGAGUUGUUUCCAGUUUUUGCCUAAUGUAACGAUAUUGCUGUGAACCCUCUGACAUGACUGUUGGUACGUGUGUGUUCAUCCAGGAGUGGAAUUGGUGGGAUGUGGGGCGUGUGUGAGUUCAGUUUUACUAAAUGCAGACGAAUACUUUGCGAAAGUGGUUGUACAAGUUUCCAUCCCACUGCGGAGCUCCCCGUGCCCCCACCCUCACCAUCGCCACAGCACACUUUGUACCAAGUGCAAAGGUGUAAAAUGGUCUCUCAUUAUGGUUUAAACUUGCAUUGCCU